AUGCCAUUUUUUGAUGUGAUUAAUACUUGUUUCCGUGCGUGCAUGCGUUUCUGUGCGUCUUUCAAUCGUGUACAGGGGAUUCAUUUAAGGGAUGGAGGUAAACUUUGCAUGCGUGUAUGUUUCUUGUAUCCAGCGACUUUAUGGACGAGAUUCCAACGGAUCUCUUCCAACUUUUUCCUUUUGUUGUUGUUUUUGCCACUGCAGCUUUCUCUUUUGGUUGGUUUCUCCUUGGUGGUUCAAGCGAGAAGAGAGAAAAUGGUGUGUCCUGCACCGCCGCGACAAGUCGUUGUGGUAGAUCCUGCCUGGGUGCGGGUCGACGAGGAAAACUAUAACGCAGCAUGGAAGCAGCUGCAGGAAGAAGCAAUGGAAUGUGGCUUUAUUGGGUUUGAUAUGGAGUGGACGUCGAGACCCAAACCUGUAUUGGAGGAAGGAGAAGAGACGACGGUGGAGAACAGCAACGCGGGCACUGCUGCUGAUGCCAGGGAAAGGGUGCGAGUGAGAUGUGCACACUCAGUGGAGCCCGUGGCAGUGGUGCAGCUUAGUACCUUUUCUGUCACUUUUGUAAUCAGGCUGUGCGACAUUGUUUGCAUGACGCGUCCGGAGAAUUGCAUUGACGUCUCUGAGGUUGCCGCCGUUUCCUCGACACUGGGCGUUGUCCUGGACAACUUGAUCUCCCUCCUGGCAAAUAAGCGUGUUGCAAAGGUGGGAGUGGGUAUAAUUGGCGAUCAGGAGAAGUUGCAGCAUGACUACACCGCAUUCCGACUCUGCCCCUGUGUUGAACUUGCCGUGCUGGCCCGACACCUUUUUCCCACUGCUGAGGAUGUGAUGGGGCUGCGCAGCCUGAAGGAUUUUGCUGCUCGCUUUGCUAGCAGGAAACUCAAGAAAGAUAUUCUCGUGACAUGCAGUGAUUGGGGCAGCAGUCUCGGGGCACUUUCUCCGCUACAGUUGGAAUACGCCGCAGCGGAUGCAGAAGCAUCUUUUGACGUAUGUCUUGGCAUGUGUAGGGAGUCACACCUCAUCGCGAGCGACAACAUCGACGACAACGACGAGUCGCAUGGCGUCAGUGGGGUGCGGGAUGCGAAGUGGAACGUGAAAUCCAUUCUGCAGAGCCUGGAUGGACUGAAGGCAACAACUUCUCGGAAUGCACGGGUGGAGAAGCCUGCGGGGAACCGCCGUGCCGCGUGGUGGUGCAAAGGCCGGGCCAAGCCGUACUACGAUAACAUCUUUGUGUACGACGCCGAGAUGCCCCUGGCUCAGCCGGCCACCUCAACGUGGUGCCAGGGUCUAGUACUCUUUGCUAGAGAGGAAGCUAAGCGCCUGCUGUUCAUGCUUCAAACCCGAUGA